GGUGAAACCACGCAUGUGUUGAUCCGUGCUGCAGCAACGUGCAUCAGUUCCUCUCUGACCCCAGUGUUAAUCUGCAUUCAGACUGAAACUCCAAUGCUUUUCUCAACUGCUCCGUCAUUAGAGUAGCUUAUUAUUACAGGGGGAGGGAGAGACUUGGGCGCCUGUAGCGGUGUUUUUAGGGCCUGGUUAGGUUGUCAUUCGGCAACGAGACGCGCAGGAAAAACCGAGCGAUAACGAAAUCAAGCCCCUCGACUCGGCAUCGAUCUUGUUUUGGCUGAUUUCACUCCACGGCACGUCCGUCUCGGGUCUAGAUUCGCAGACCCGCUCCUGCUAACGUGCGUAAUGUAUCGUAGAGAGGAAACCCAGUAAAUAGACGGACACGUCCAUCUGCACUGAAGAGGAAACGAAGAUGGUGAUGAUGGCUUCACCAAAUCUAGCCUCCAAAUGCUCGACAGCAAUGGCGAAGCCUUCCCUUCCUCUGAAGCUGUUUCUCUGGGUGUUUAUCGUCGUUAAUCUUCCUACAAGCUCCUUCCAGACUGAUGACGAUGACGAGGUGUCUAACAAGACGUGGGUGCUGACUCCCAAAGUGUACGAGAGCGACGUCACACACAUCCUCAACAGCCUACUAGACGGAUAUGACAACAAACUGAGACCUGACAUCGGAGUCAAACCAACAGUGAUCCACACAGACAUGUUUGUCAACAGCAUCGGUCCGGUCAAUGCCAUCAACAUGGAAUACACCAUCGACAUCUUUUUUGCCCAGACCUGGUACGACAGGAGGUUAAAAUUCAACAGCACAAUGAAGGUCCUGCGUCUCAACAGCAACAUGGUCGGGAAGAUAUGGAUCCCCGACACCUUUUUCCGCAACUCAAAGAAGGCCGACGCCCAUUGGAUCACUACACCCAAUCGCAUGCUUCGGAUCUGGAACGAUGGGCGAAUACUCUACACCCUCAGGUUGACAAUCGACGCCGAGUGCCAGCUUAAACUGAACAACUUCCCUAUGGAUGAGCACUCAUGUCCCCUGGAGUUUUCAAGCUACGGAUACCCCAGGGAGGAGAUUGUGUACAAAUGGAAGAGGAGCUCCGUUGAGGUCGGGGACAUUCGCUCCUGGAGGCUCUACCAGUUCUCUUUCGUGGGCCUGAGGAACACCUCUGAGAUUGUCAGGACUGUUUCGGGCGACUAUGUGGUGCUGACUGUCUUCUUUGACCUGAGCAGGAGGAUGGGCUACUUCACCAUCCAGACCUACAUCCCAUGCACCCUCAUUGUCGUCCUCUCCUGGGUUUCAUUUUGGAUCAACAAGGAUGCGGUUCCUGCCAGGACAUCAUUGGGCAUCACCACUGUGCUGACCAUGACCACGCUGAGUACAAUCGCUAGGAAAUCGCUUCCAAAAGUGUCCUACGUCACUGCCAUGGACCUGUUCGUGUCCGUCUGCUUCAUUUUCGUCUUUGCUGCACUUAUAGAGUACGGCACACUGCACUACUUUGUCAGCAACAGGAAGCCAAGUGCCAAAAAGGACAAGAAGAAGAAAAACCCGCAGACACCCACGGUAGACAUCCGCCCGCGCUCGGCCACGGCCAUUCAGAUGAACAACGCCACACACAUGCAGGAGCGAGACGAGGAGUACGGCUACGAGUGCUUGGACGGGAAGGACUGCACCAGCUUCUUCUGCUGUUUCGAAGACUGCCGCUCCGGAGCGUGGCGGCACGGCAGGUUGCACAUUCGGAUCGCAAAGAUAGACUCAUACGCACGCAUCUUCUUCCCCACUGCAUUCGGUCUCUUCAACCUGGUCUACUGGGUCUCCUAUCUCUAUCUCUAGGCCCAGGUGUGUAUCCAGCCUUAUCAUACACUCCAUUAUGUUCUACAUAUGCUCUGCGCCAGCAAAGGACAUUCUGAAGGAAGGGGCCCACUGAAACACGAUAACUCACAUUAACUUUAUUUUCAUUAAACCUGAUCUCACUCAAUGUAAGUUAUUUUAAUGAUGACACCGCAAAUGUUGUAGCAUUACAUUUAAAUGGCAUGAACUGGUUUAAAGAUUGUUGUGAGAAUAAUAUUGUAUGUGGAAAUAAGAUGUUUUUACCAUUUUAUUUGGACUAGUUUCUUCACAAUUGGAUUCUUGGUGAUUGCUGUUUUUGUAGACGACACACACACCAACAGUAUUUAAAUAGAGAUUUAGAUCAAAUUAAUUUUUCCACUUUUUUUUUUUUUUUUCCAAAACAAAACCUGAAGCACUUUAAUAGAAUUAUGUUAGACACUGAUGCUGAGAGUUAUGAUUCAUUUAUUUAGCUAAAGCGUUAACACAAUUCAACAUCACUUUUUUCAUGUGUGGUCAGAGACGAUUCUGUUUAUGGGCUCAACUGUACAGACAAUGUAUAUAUUUUAUUCUUACAUAGUGGUUUACAUUUAUUGCAUGCACCUUUCAGGCCAAAAAUCAACUUGUUUUAUGGUCUUCUAUUGUUGGUUAUGGAAACUUAAAAAAAAAAAAUAGCACUGUUACUCAUUCAGGAUUUAACACUUUUUUCUAGGAAAAUUGGAAAAUUAAAUUAUAAAAUGUGCCCAGUUAUUUAAUUUAUGUAUUUAUUUAUUAUUUUUUUGUUUUUUCCUUUGGUUGAUGAAUCAUCUUUGCAUACAGGUGGGAGGAUCAACCCAGAGAUUCAGGCCUGAAAACAGUUUAAUCAUUUUUUUCUCACAGCCAUUAGCUUAUAGUAUAGACCAAGCUGACCUCUUCUCUGUUCCAUUUGCCGGUAAAAGCAUUUACAUAAUAAUGACAUACUGCUGUUAUAUUUUGGUUAUGCAAGCUUUUUCAAGAGAAAUUACACUGUUGUCAAGUUAGGUAUUCUUAUAAAAACGUCUCAUCAUCAGCAGAGUAAUACCUGCAGCUGCUCGACUAGAAGUUGGGUUUAGGACAGACGAAUUCAUCUCCAGCUUUAACACAGAUGUCAGCACAGUUGGGAAUUGUGGAAUCCCUCAGCAUAUUUUAUUUUAGGCAGUCAUACUCGAAACUUCCUGGGAAAAAAUGACUUUUAAUGAUUGAUAAUCGCUCAGCUCAAGUAAGAUAAAGUGUCAGCUUGUGUCCAGAAUCUGAUGUGUAUGCCUUACUAUCUAGUUCGUCUCCUUUCUUGUCUUUUUUUUUUUUUUUGAGAAAAGAAAAACAUAUGGAACGUGAAUGUAAAUUAUCACACCGUCUGGGAGCUGGGCAGAAGUUCAUUUAUUGUUUUUGAUCUUUUUUUUUUUUUUUUUUUCCAUUAAAUUUUGCUUUGAACACCAUCUUGUCACACGAAGCGAGCAGAACGUAGACAACCUAUUUAAAUUGUAAAUGUUGUGUAUGAUAACACUCAGCGCACAUGGAGAAAAACCCAUUACAGGUCAACUUUGAUAGAUGUCAGUAUGCAACAAAUGGAGACAGACAGUGCAUCGGUAUGAUUUGUAAUCUCACAAAGGAUAAGUGUAAAUCACAUUGUUUAUGUACAUAAAUGACUAAAGGAAGAAAACACUUGUCAGACCCUUGGGAUUUUGUAAAAGGGUAUAUAUUUUGUAAUCUCAGCAUUGUUACAGUAUAUCAUCAUACAGUAUAUUAGAUUUAUUGUAUUAUGCUGGACUGACCUGUAGAAUACUUUGGGGGGGAAGGGUAUUUAUUUAAUUAUUUAUUGAUGGUAUUUAUUUUUGUCGGAAGAAAAAAAAAAAAGUAUUUUAUGUUCAUAUAGCCCCUGAAAAGAAACACAGAAUGCUGUCAUUUAUAUCUCAGAGACAUUUCUGUUCAAUGUGUCAAUGGAGCUUGAGCUUAUUUAUCUUGUGUUUUCUAUGUUGUGAUCGAUGUACACUACUCUCACACAGGCCCGUCGGUCUGUUCUAUCUGUUGAAUUAGUAAGUUGCAACAUUACCUGUUGUGCAGCUUCUGAGUAGUAGGCUUAAAUAUUUUCAGGGAAAUAAAAGAAAAAAAAAUGAAAUAAAUAAAUAAAUAAAUAAAUAAAAAAAGAACAGUUCCCAAGCCACCAGGUAAACUUUGCUUGUCUAAGUGACUACUACAGAAACGAUUUCCACUUUUUUUUCCACUACCAUAAGGAUUCAUUAAUAUUUAAUAUCAUUAAAAAGGCAUCAGUGAUGAUAAUAACAUCUGCAUUUACCAGAUUAGCUCAUAUUUCCCAGUGUUCUUUCCCUUUUGUAUUUUACAGUGGUCCUGUUGUUGCAAAUCUGCCAUUUACAGUAAUAGUCCAAACCCGUCCUAAGUGUGCACAUACUCUUAUCUCUCACAUGGGUGUAAGUGUGUGUCAGUAGACUGGUCAUCAUCAGUGUUUAGUAGUUUAAAGAAGUGUAACAGACUGAGUACCUGUAUGUCUUAUAAAGUGCCAAACUGACACACAUGCAAUAGACAAUAUCAAAGUGUAAUGUCAUUUGUGAUUCUACUUAUAAUGCUCUGUGAAAAAAGCGCACAGGAAGUGAGUCCAGUGGGUUUUAACCACACCGACACCAACUAGCAGGCACCCUGAACAUGUUUUCACCCAUUAUUUCUCUGUUUUAAAAUGUCAUUUUGGAAUAACCAGAGCAAGCAUUGUAACCCGUGCUUCUCUCUGUCGACCAGAACGUUCUAAAAUAUUAUUCUACUGGAGUGAAAUGGAAGGAAAUCCUGAUGGUGUUCAGAGUGGAGUCAGUGUGAAUUUACUUACAAAGUCAUUGUAUUUAAUCUUGAGCAUGUCUUGUUUUAAACGGUACUUCAGAACAUACUUUAUAACAAUUUAAUUUUUUCCACAAAUCUGUCUUUUUUUUCUUUUUUUUUUCUUUUUAUUAUUACUGUAAAUGGAAAACUAUCCAAGUAUAGGGGGAAGUACUGGAAUGUGUUUCUAUCCAGUAGUGUGUGCAUGUUGAAUAUGUUUCAGUCAAACAAAUCAAAGGGAUGUUCAUCAGAAUUGGACUAACUCGAGCAUCGCUUCAUCUGCCUGCAUCAACACGGACGUUUUAUUGCACUGUACUUAACUCUGACUGAGUCAUUUUUAUUUUGGGACCCAUGAAAUGAGACAGAAAUGUGAACAGCACAUGUAGAUAUUUUCUAUUGUUAUGUAUUUUGUCAAACAGCAAGAAAAACAAAAACAAUACACUCUGGAACUGCAGACUUCAGUAAAAGGUAUCCAAGAACAAAAUAAAUUUCAUAUGAUUCUCAUACAUACAGUAUGUUAGUUGUUUGCCAUCUAUGAGUAUUGUACAAAAGGGGCACUGAUGAAGUAUGUUAGGGUCUGCAUAAUAUACUAUAUAUGUACUGGAAAAAAUCCUUUUCAUAAGGGAAUUGCACAUAGCUGUGAAAUUUUACAAUAAAAUGGUUGCAUUUA